AUGAGCGCAGCGCCCAAAACUACACCGGACGCUUGCUUGAAUACGUUGGAUAAGUUGUACACGGAUUUGCUGCAUUUGGUGACAUCGUGAGUUAUUGUUAGAAUUUUUUGAAUGUGAAAAAGUCACGAAACUUCUAUUUCUGUUCCAAUUCAAAAAUGUUUCAGUGUCGAAAAAGGAAGCGGUUCCGAAUUGACUGCUCGUCUCCGAAACGUAGAAAGCGAGCUAACAACCUUCAAAGAUCAAGUGAAAUCAAUUCCAAACAUCAACGUAGACGAAUCUCGCGAAAGACAACAAAUCACUUCACUCUAUAGACAAAUUCAUUUGAAAGAUGAGCUCAUCAAAUCUCUCGCCAGUUUCAAAUUCGACGAGCCCGCAAAUCAGUCAGGAAACAAUAGUCCAAAAACAACAAACGGAGAAGAAUGAGCCUUUGAAUUGUCCAUUUUGCACAAGUAAAAUAUUAUUGGAAGGAAAAGCUGAUGGAUUUUCGGAUAUUGAGCAAGAUCUACCACUUCCAAGACAACAAAAAGGUCUCGAAACUCAAAAAGAGAGUGUAAAAGGGUUUUGGAUCGUUAAGGAUAUGUUCACUUUUGAGAAUGCGGGUUUUACGAAUUCAGUGGAUGGAAUGAAAUAUUUGACAUGUGCUGAUUGUGAUUUUGGACCAAUUGGUUUUGUUGACAAAGAUACUAAAUUUAAUUUGAUUGCUCCAAGUCGAAUUUUGCAAAAACCUUGA